AUGAAGGAUGCAAAGGCUGUUCAAACACCUCUUGGCCAACAUCUCAAAUUGUCUCAUGAUCAGAGUCCCCAAACUGAAGAGGAUAAACUGGAAAUGGCUACUAUCCCAUAUGCAAAUGCACUAAGUUAUCUAAGGUACUUGAUGGUAUGUUCAAGACCAGAUCUCGCUUACUCGGUGAGUCUUGUGAGUAGAUUUAUUAGCAACCCAAGUAAGGCUCACUGGUUUGCCCUUAAGUGGAUCCUGAGGUACUUAAAAGGGAUUAAAUCGGUUGGCAUUUUAUUUAGAAGGAACAAAAGGAAAGAUGGCUGCAUUGAAGGUUUUGUAAAUGCAAAUUAUGCAGGAGACUUUGAUCGGAGAAAAUCAACAUCUACUUUUGUGUUUACAUUAUGGGGGAAUGUGGUUAAUUGGAAGUCAAAACUCCAACAUAUGGUCACACUUUCUUCAACUGAAUCUGAAUAUGUGGCUUUGACAAAAGCAGCUAAAGAGGCUAAAUGGUUGAAGGGGUUUGUAAAUGAGCUGGAGCUGGAACAGGGAACUGUUGUGAUUAAUAGUGAUAGUUAG